UUCUUUUGAAGGUUGUUCAGACACCUUUAGAAGAUAUUUGCUUUAAGCAUUUUCUGUGUUCAUUUCCAAAGAAGUUGAAAAUUGUUUGAUUAAAGAUUAGAAAACAUUUUCCUCAAAAAUGUCUUAAAAUACAUGCCAAAAUUUGGAUUUAUUUUUCAUUAUCUAUUUUCUUUGUGUGUUCCCAUCAAUUGCAACCAUUAGAGUCCCUGAUCAGGACUAAUAAAUCCCUAACAAACCAUCACCCCUCAAAGUUGUUAAUGGUUCCGACACUAGCUUUGAAGCCACUGGUGACAAUGUUUAUGACUAUGGCAUCAUCUAGACAACCAUUAACUUCUUUCUAGAGGCUAGUUGGUCUCAAGUCACAUUUUUUGCAUUAGGGAGGUAUCUGAUGAGGAAGGUGGUUUGAAGUAAGGAAUGACACUAGACAUGCUUGAUAAUGGUGGGGAGGUAGAAAAGAGUGAUGAGCCAAACAAAUAUUGAAAUGAAAACUAUUUUUAGAACAUCAAAACAAGAAUAUGUGAUGUUUUGCUAACCAGAUGCUCCAUUAGAGUUAUUUAGUUCUUUGAUUGGAAGUUUUCCUUUGUUUUUACGUACAUGGGUUUGGUUUGGUCUCCUCAUUUUUGUAUUUAUUUUCUUUUUUCUAAUAAUAUUUUUCAUGUGAUGACAAAUGAUUGGUAUAUUUGUGAUGUCAACUUAUCUGAGUUGUCAAGGUACAGAGUGAUGUCUAACAUGAAUUUAUAAAAAAAGAAGCCAAAUAGUCUUUAAGUAUCAAUAUUAAAAUAGUUUCCUUGAUAGUAUAAGUAAUCUGAGUUUAUUUGUAUGAAAUGAAAUAUAGGUGAAACUGUAGUUUCUCAAUUCUUUUGGUGUUCCCUUUGACAAUUGUUGUUAACAAGAUUUUAAGUUAUGCUUGUGCUUGCAUGUAUGUUGUGUUGUGAUUAUUGUGGGACACAUAAAGUGAUAUGAUGUGGUUGGAGAAUCACUUCAAAACAGUAUCUAAUGAUGUUAAACCUUGUGUUGUUUGUAAGUUGGCUUGGAUAAAUUUGGAGAAGAAAAACAACUCUGUCCUCUUCCAUAUUUCUUUUCUUAUUUUUCAUUGUAUCAAUCAAUCAAUCAAUCAAAUCAAUUAUAAUUCGGCUCAAUGUAGGCCUAAGUGGUUUCGAUUAAAUAAAUGCUAUGUUAACUAUUAAUUUUAUGUAUCUUUUUAUGAAGUUUUUUUUUAUAUAAGACACGAUGUGUAAGUAUAAAAUCAACUAUACAUUAAUCCAAAAUUGGAUUUUGAAGAGCGAGCUACAGUGGAGUGGAAUGACCCCUGCAUGCUAUUCCAUAGCGAAGUGGUUUACUGUAGUGGUCUGAGCAGACAGGAUAGCAACACCAUGGGUUGAUUCUGUUAAAAAAAACCCUUUUAAUAGUGACAUUUUGGGCUUUUUUGGGAGAGGGUAUAAUUUUUGGAUUUCAAUUUCCGAACAUGAAAUCUACAAAUAUUAGUGUAGUGAAGAUGAUAAAGAAGAAAACUUGGAUUUAGAAGAUGAUGAUUCCUAUCAAGAAAGCUAGUAUUUGAUUAACAGUGAUAUAGAGAUAAUAAACGUAUAAACACAUUAAAAAUAGUAGUCUGUACUUUAGAGAAUAAGAUAAAGUAAAAAAGGAAAAAUAAUAUAGUAUUCAUAAAUAUAUAAAUUUAUAUGGUAUUCCAUUAUUUCCCCAUCAAAAUCAGCAAUCUUAUGGAGAUUAAUUCAUGCCGAUAUUCCUACUUAUGAAAAUUUAAGGAAAAGAGAGAUCAUGUUUCCCAUUAUUCCUACUUUUGAAUAGGUGGUUAAAUUGUAUGGGCCUGCUUAAGGAGAUGGGGUUGAAGGUUUACAUAUAUAGAGAGAGUGUAAUAGAUGUGCUGCCUUACUUGCCUUCUUUUCUUAGUAUUGGUUUUUCUAGGGACACAUACCAUUUACUGUUUUAUAGGUUUUUGCUUUUUGUUGAUGGGUUUGGUUUACCCCACCCAUGAUCUUGUAUAGGUUUUCUUUCCUUCUAAUAAUCUAAUAUGUUGCAGCUGAUUGAUGUUAUCUGGGGUACUAACCUAGUUAGGAUAGUACAUAGCAUAGUGAUGCUAUAGCAUACUUGCUUUUAAUAAAAAAGGGGUUUGGAUGUAUGCUAAUUUCAUGAAUAAAGUUAUCUAUGUGCAUAGAAGUUUCGUUUGGUUUCAAAAUUGGAUCCACAAGCGAAUUAAAAUUUUCUUCUUUUUUCAUUCAUGGUAUUUUUGGUAUGAUCUUUUUUGUCGUUUACAUAGGAUUGGACUGUUUAUACUUUAGUUCAAAAAAUUUAAAAUGCUUUGACAACUUGAAAGGCAAUGUGCAGUAAGGGAGAUCAUACUUAUUUUUAAUUCAUUAUAUUACUUCAUAAUGUAAUUGUAAAUUCAAGAUGAAGGGUUUUAAUUUAGGUAGACCAAUCAAAUAUAUUUGAAGUUAUCCUCAACAGUAUAGUUUUAUCCUUACACAGUUUCUGGAUCCCUCUUAUUCUGAUGUGUAUUCAAUUCAUUCAUGUGUCAUUUUUGGAAGUCUUCUAGAGUCACUUGUUAUUCCUGCCUCAUUUUUUAUUUUUUUGCAUAAAAAAACACUCCAUGCUCACAUCAGGUACAGGGAUUUCAACUAUUUCCUGGGGCCCCCCUUAGAGUUGGUUAGAGAGUUCAGAAUGUUGUGAGGGAUUUUUUGUUGUUUGGAUGAGAAAACAGCUUGAUUAAUGUUACAAAAUUAAGACCUUAUUGCUGAAAAUUCUUUAUAAACAAUAUAGUUGAUUAAUGCGAUGUGUAUAAAUGUAAAAUCUCCUUUCUUGUUCUCACUCUUGACAUUUUUUUGACCCAGAUAUACUUUCUGUCUUAUAUUCCUUAAAAUGGAUUCAAAUAUGUUCCAAUCAGCUGAUUCAAGAAAAUACUAUUGUCCAGUAUUGGGCUUGAAAGUUUUAGUUCUAGACAAUAACUUGAAAUGUCUUGCAGCGGUGUCAAAAAUGCUUCAAGCCCUAGGAUAUGAAGUUAUGACGGCUAAUAAUAACACUCUUGGAGAGCUGUUUGGAUCUAAACUAUGUUUUGAAAAACCAAUUAAGAUUUCAGAUCUAAACAGUCUGUGGAAAUAUGCAUUAUGGAGGAUAGAAGAUGGAAGAGUAAUAACUAUAGAUGUAGAGGGUUUUGGGAGGUUUCAGUCACAAGAAACUAUUGUAAACAACAAUAGAGAAUGUGAGUCAUUCAUAAAUACUGGAGGACAGACUCUCCAAAGUGUUAUAAUUGGAGAACGUAAACAUGAAAUAGGGGGAAAACAAAGUGAAUCAUUAAUGCUGGGUAGGAAAAGGCUCAAUCAGACUUAUGAUUCACAUGUGAAGUUCUUAGGAGGUGGAGGUGUUGAAUUGGCCGGAACCAGUGCUCUUCCAGAUCAAAGAACCCAGCUUAGGAAUGUGUCAGGACUUGCAAUACAAAAUAUUGAAAGUCAUUUCCAGCAAUACUUGAGACAAGUUAGUCCAAUUCAACACCACAGUAAUAUGCAUUCUUCUAAUUUGAAUAUGGGAUCACAACAUCUGUUUCAAGCCGACAAUGAUAAUAGGAAAAGGUGUCAACUGCAAAACCUUCCUAUGAAUAUUUGUGAUUGCAUGCAUCAGUAUUCUCUACGGAACCCUUUACUUGAUUUUCUAAAUUCAAGUGAUCAAACAUCAACUUCUGGAAAAAAUCAAUUUUACACAUCUGACUCUGGUGAAUUUAUGAACAAUGAAAAUAAUAUUGAUGGAAAAGUUUUCAGUGAGGAUACAUGCAUCUAUUGUGUGGAUGAUUUUUCAGGACAAAGUGAAAUGAAUUUUUGUACACUAUCAUCUAACGAGAUGUGUCAGCAAUUUCCACCAUCAUUUCCCGUUCCUCUUCUACCAUCAGAUGGAAAAGAAGAUAACAUUUCUGAGGUCAAAGCAGAUGAAAUUCUUUAUCCUCCAAAUGGAACUCAAAAGUUCAGUGAUGAGGAUUUAAAUACCUGCUUAUCAAUGUAUAAUGAUCCAUGAGAAUUGCUGAGUGAUGCUGUUGUUAUGAGCUGUGGAGGACUUUGUGGAGAGCUUCAAGAAAAUAGAGUUCACAUAAUGAUUUGUGGACUUUUUGUUGUACUUUUAUAUUUAUACUUUUGUCUUACCUGAUUCUCGAUUGAGUAUUGUUGAUACUGUUUAUGGGCUUGACUAAUGACUAAUUGAAAGUUUGCUUGACC